UAUUGUUUGUGACAUUAAUUACAGAAUGUUUUUCUUCUUUAUCGUUUUAUAUGACCCGACCACCACAAAUACUAACUCCGCGUUUGCUCUUUUCCCAUAUUAUCUUCUCUUCAUCGCUGGAUCAUGGCGCCAAACAUGUCUAUCUCACAGGUAAUUCUCUUGAGUAUCUGCAUUUUUGGAUUCUAUUUAGCUUGGUAUUACUUCACGUCUCCUUUAAAAAGUGUCCCCGGCCCAUUUCUAGCAAAAUUUACAAAUCUCUGGCGCCUGAUAGAUGUAUACGGUGGCCGACCGGAACUCACACACCAGACUCUCCAUCAAAAAUAUGGACAAGCCGUACGAAUCGGACCAAAUGUUGUCAGCCUUUCUGAUCCAAAGCUCAUUUCGAAAAUAUACAGUCUUAAAGGAGAUUUCCUGAAGAGCGAUUUUUACACCGUUAAUGAUACCAAAGUGGGAAAAGCAAUUAUCAAAAAUGCUUUUAGCACCCAAAGCAAUGAAGUUCAUGCCCAAAUGCUUCGACCAAUCCAAAAGUUCUACAAUAUGGGUAAUGUAUUGAGCUUGGAGAAGAGCGUAGAUGACACCAUCAUAGCCUUCUUCAAACGACUGAACGAACUCUUUGUGGAUGGAUCCAAUGCUGGAACCGUAUGCAAGAUGGAGGAUUGGAUGAUGUAUUUCUCAUGGGAUUUUAUCUUUCAGAUAACAUUCAGUAGACCAACGCGCUUCAUCGAAACGGCUUCCGAUCAUACGGGGUUCAUUCGCAUUGCCGAACAGGCCCUGGACUACUUUGGAGUUGUUGGUCAGAUUCCCGCUUUGGAUCACUGGCUGGGAAAAAAUCCCAUCAUGCCUAUCGGGCCUCCCACUUUUGAUACAGCCGCAAUAUGGUGUGCGCAGCAAUCAAUAGCACGCCAACAAGGUAUAGAUAAAAAAUCUACCGAUAGGAAAGAUAUGCUGGACAGCUUCAUCGAAGUCAAGAAGACCAACCCAGAAUUGAUGGACGAUAAUGCCAUUGUGGGUUCUCUUCUCCUUAACGUAUUAGCCGGUGCCGAUACAAGCGCAAUUGUAUUGAGGUCAAUCAUCUAUUUUACAAUCAAGAAUCCUCGAGUGCACCAGAAGCUCAUUCGAGAGCUCGAUUCCGCAAAUUUGUCUGUUCCAGUGGCCUACAAGGAGGUCAGCAAGCUUCCAUAUAUCGAAGCUGUCAUCAGAGAGGCUAGUCGUGUUCACGCAGGUGUUGGUCUUUUACUCGAGCGUAUCGUCCCUGCUACUGGCCUUACUCUCUCCAAUGGAACUUACUUACCUCCCGGAACAAUUGUCGGUAUAAAUCCCUGGGUGACUAACCAAAACAAAAAAGUAUACGGUGAAGAUGCAGGCUCUUUCGUUCCAGAACGAUGGCUUCGAUACGAAGAUCUAGAAACAGAAGCAGAGUAUCAGUCUCGUCUUUCUAUGAUGAAGCAAACAGAUCUGAGCUUUGGAGCUGGCAAUCGUAUUUGUCUUGGAAAGAACAUCAGUACACUUUCAGUAUAUAAGCUUAUAGCUAGUCUAUUUUUGACAUACAAUAUUUAUCUCGUAGACCCUGAGAAAGAAUGGCAAGUACAAAACUCUUGGUUUGUCAGACAAACAGGUAUAGAUGUAAAGAUAGAGAGGAGAGAAGCUGCCGUUCUUUAGAAAGAUUUAUGAGAUUGCGGGAACGAUUUAUUAGCCUUGUUCUCGGUGCGAUUUAGUCACAGUUGAUGUGGUUCUUUGUAAUUAAAUUUUACUGGGUCUACCUGCUCAUUCCCAUCUUCGAUCUCUUGAAGUCCCGCAUAUUCGAGAACAUACAUAGUUCGUAAAAUGGUCGUCCAAUAAGUACCAUGGGUGUGGCUAUCUAGUUCAGAAGUGAUACUCGUGCGCAGAAAGUACUUGGCACUCGACCCUUGAGUUCGUACCACAGAAUAUUAUGUUGCCACUUACAACUUCGAAACUCAGGGCUCUUCCCUGA